AGCGUAAUAGAAGAAGAAGAAGGGGAGGUGAAGAAGAAAUAGCUAGCCAGAAAACAAUUUGUUUAAUGUCACUCACGAAGUUGAAAGGCGUUAUUAUUCAUGCAAUUGGCCACCCAGAAAGCUCGGUGGGACAUCCAAAGUUGCUGUUAAAGCAUAUAUUGUCUAUAAAUUGUGAGUCUUACGAAAGAAUUUGCGUUACUCAUCGAGGAAAUCGAUGAAAAAGUAGCUAGCUGGUUUGCUAACCGUUGUUAGGAGAGUUCUUUGUUUUGUUUUUUCGAGUCCGUGUUUACAAUGACGAGAAACUAGUCUGCCAACGAUCGGUAGAAUUUAACAUAUACAUUUCUUUAUCAAUAAUGUCACAAUUGUAUUUGCUAUAAUUAAUAAUAACGGGAAGAUUUGGAGGAAAAAAAAUACAGAUUAGCAAUUGUCAGCAAGUCUGUUCUGAUUUUGAACGUCGGCUGCUAAAAAAGGACUGGCCUCAUUACAAUAUGGGAAACUGUCUGAAAUCUCCAACAUCAGACGACAUUUCUCUGCUUCACGAAUCCCAGUCCGACAGAGCGAGUUUCGGGGACGGGACGGAUCCAGACCUGGAGCCGCCGCCUCCGUACCAUGAGCAGGCUCACAUGCCCAUGUACCACCCUACACCCAGUCAGGCCCGUCUGGCUACUCAGCUAACAGAGGAGGAACAGAUCCGCAUAGCCCAGCGUAUCGGCCUCAUCCAGCAUCUCCCUAAAGGUGUCUACGAUGGAGGGCAAGACGGCUCAGAGAAGAAGAUCAGAGAGUGCGUUAUCUGUAUGCUGGACUUUGUUUACGGAGAUCCCAUCCGGUUCUUGCCAUGUAUGCAUAUCUAUCACAUGGACUGUAUAGAUGACUGGCUGAUGAGGUCCUUCACCUGCCCCUCCUGCAUGGAACCUGUGGAUGCUGCCCUUCUGUCCACCUAUGGACCAACCGAUUUCUCACCUGAGUCCCCUGAUGUGUAAACUGAGCCCCCCCAGCACCCAAACCUAAGUCCGCCCUCUUGUUGAGUGAGAGGAGCUUCAAAAACGUGGAGGAGGGAAAAAACGUGUGUUGGUUAUCUUGCACUUUGAAAAUUUCUAAAUCUAUUCACCCAACGUUGGCCUUUCAUUCCUCCCCAGGUCUGAUGCUAAUUAAGCUGGUCUUAAAACAUCAGUCACAUGAAUCAGUAAGAAACUUUUCCCUGCAUGAUUGUGUUUGCUUUGCUCGAGGCAGUGUUGCAACUGAAGAUGGAUUUGUGUGUGGAAGCUCCCGUGAGCUGGCCUCAGUGGCGUUUUCCCCUCAGCUGACCAAUCAAAUCCCAACUGAUCGUAAAAAUGUACUGAAAUAGACAAGCAACAUACCAAAAUAAUGGCUCAUAUGCAGAAUGACUUGACAUCCGUCGGAUGAAGUCAGAUUAAUCACUGAUCUACACUUACUCUAGCUUAAAAUGUCUCUUUGCUUUAGUCACAUGAUCAUAAUAUUUACCUUUUUUGUCACAGAGGAGCCUUAGUGCUCUCCAGGUGGGCUGGAUUAUAAAAAAUAUGCACACUUGCUAUGUGAAUUACUAGGUGUAGGAUUUUAUAUCUAUAAGCUCAGAUGCUGUUUUUGUUUUUUUAUCCAAGUCAUGAAGGGGGCACGUUUAUUAUGGGAAGGUCUCACCAGAUGAAACAGACGUUUGGUGUCAAGCGAGCAUUUGAGUAAGUCCGUUAUAAAUUAGAAAAGCUUGCUCACACGUUUCAUUCGAUCCAGAGAUUUGCACUUUACUCAUAAGGCAUUAUCUAAAACAACAUAUUAAUAUAUUUACCUUAUAACCUUGCACUAUUGAGACUUCAGUCUUUUAUCUCCUGAGAUGCAAAAGUGAUUUAGCUGAUAAAGAUAUUUUCCAAGUUGUGACGUAUCACACUGAGGAAAGCCUGCAGAUGCAUUUCAUAACAUUUGUGAUUCGGUAGGGUAAAAAUAAAAAAAUGUUUUAUUUUUGGAGUUUUAGACGUUUGUUUUUUGUUUUUCUAAGGGGCAGAGGCUUGCUUCUAGUGAGAAUAAUGGCUUGACACUAUUUUCACUUUCGUGGUAAAAGUUAGAUGUAAUAAAUGAUGCAGUAUAAAAUAAGGAAAGAUGCUCAGAUUUUUUUUGUUUGAUUUUCUUUUUAUGAUUCAUGUUCACCUCCAUCGUGUUUUUAUUUUUAGAGCAUUCGUCUUCCUAUGGGAACUUGCUGACAAGAAAACGAAAGUUGGUCUUUUUUUGUGACUUAAAUUUAGAUUUAUUUAAAUGCUAAAAGUUUUUUUUUCUGUUCCAGUUCUCUGUAGCUGUACUUAAAACCACUGUUUUCCUUUUAGUUUGUAGCAUUCUGUCUUUUCUGUUAAUCGUUUAUGUUCCUGCUCACAUUAGGUCCACUACAUGUUUAGUAUUUUAAACAGAAGGCUUAAGCUCUGAUUUGAACUUCUGUCCCAGUUAAGCUUGUGUGUGUGUGUGUGUGUGCGUGCGUGCGAGUGAGUGAGUGAUAAAACAGGCAUCGUGGUUUCCUCUCAGCUUUCCUUUGCUGGCUUUUACAAUUUAAGUUUAUCAUGGAGUGAUCAUUCACUGUACUUGUUUUAUUUCUGUCCUUUUGGAAGCCCUUGUGUAAACAAUAAAAAAAGGAGAAACUAAA